AUGGGCAGGUUCGAAGGAAAAGUUCCUUCCGUCACCGACGGUGCAUUUGGCAUGGGCCUUGCCGCCGUGGAGCUGCUGGCCCAAGAAAGCGCAAAAGUUGCUUUGGCGGAUAUCCAAUGGGAGCUUGCACAGAAGAAUGCAAAGUCGCUAAGUGAUUCUGUCCUCCCAUUUCACUUGAACGAGGGAGAUGCAAAUCUGCCAACGAAGCCAUAA